AUGACGGCGGCAUGGCAGUCACCAGAACAUGAUGUUAAGGAUGAAAGCUCAGCCCUCCACAGCCCCGACAUUAAUCCUGAUUAUCCAUCUGUUGACGAUGGUGUUGACGAUGGGUCACAGGAUGAUGGCAUCCGUGACCGCAAAAGUGACAGCCUAUGGAGAGUCUUGAACGAGAGGCAAAUUAACAUGAUCGCAUUUACUGGUGUCUUUCUCAACAUAGAACAAUCGGAAAUGGACUCUUCCUUGGCAGUGGGAAAGUACUUGCAACAGCCGGACCUGGAGGUGCAGUUCUCGCCUACGCUAUCAUGGGUACCGUCAUCUCAGCGGUUCUCUUACGUAGUUAUGGGUGCCGAUCAAAUAGUCACUGUCGCAUCUGCCAUACGAUUCCAAUACGGUGAUGAUCACACGUUCAUCAGCUGGGAUACAGGCAUGAAUACGAAUCCCGCCAUAUGGAUUUCGGUGUUUCUGGUUGCGGUUGUCGUUUUGAACAUGAUCCCAGUGAAGGCGAGUCGUUACUUUGGAGAAUUUGAAUACCUCGUCGGAUGCAUCAAAAUUGUGUUUAUCACAAUGUUGAUUCUAACAAUGUUCAUUCUCAACGUCAUGAAGCCGCGGUCCAAUGCAUAUUACAGUACUUCAGUGGGGACAAAAUAUUGGAACUCUCCAUACGGCUUUUUCAAUUCGGCCCACGAGGUCAAGGAUGAAUAUGGGAAUCUCGACCAAACAAUCACAGGAUCUGUUGGGCGAUUUUUAGGCGUCUGGACUGCUUGUACUCGAGCAAUCUUUGCUUACACGGGCAUGGACAUGGUCACCAUCACGGCAGCGGAGAGCAAGGCACUCGCAGACUCAGAGGCCAUGAAAAUGGCUUCACGAAAGAUUUCUCUCCGUAUUAUCACCUUGUACAUUCUAUGUGUGCUGACGGCAUCAUUCCUGGUGCCAACAGAUCACCCUUUCAUCAACGGAGAGGGACAAUCUACUGGAUCCCGCUCGAUCUUUAUUAUUGCUGUUGUUGAAGCUGGGUUGCCUGCGCUUGGUGAAUUUUUCAAUGCAAUGUUUCUGUUCUCAGCGGCCACAUGCGCCGCUGACAACCUAUACGUGGCAUCACGAGUCUUGCAUACUCUUGCACUGCGAGAUCAGACUGGGCCCGAAUUCAUCACAAGGAGGCUGAGGCAAUGUCGCGCCGGUGUGCCAAUGAGAGCUGUGCUUCUAUCCGCGGCCGUGAUGCUUGUUGCAUAUCUGGGACCUACUGGUGCGACUGGUGCACGACUUAACGAACUGUCGUCCAACUGUACGGUGUCUUUUUUGAUAGUCUAUGCCACGAUCUGUGCAACUUACCUAUGCUUCUACCGAGCACUGGACGAAGCGAAGCAAUAUGGCAACACCAGUCAGACGCAAGCUGCAACCUAUGAUCGGAAUCAUAUUCGUUACCCUUACAAGUCCCACGCACAGUGGCUUAAGGCAGGAUAUGGCAUGGUCGCCUGCAUCAUCAUGCUCAUAUUCAACGGUGUCGACUCGUUCUUAACCACUCCGUUUGACUCUCGGACAUUCAUUGCCUCAUAUAUCAGUAUCCCCGUCUUCCUCUUGCUUAUCAUCAGCUACAAGAUCCGCAGACACGGGUUCAGAUUCUCCCAAUGGGGCCCAGAGAGAUCCAAGGAUCUUCGAAACUGUGUCCAAGUAUCAAGUGACAAGAGAAAGGGUAGGCUUGAAUUAGCUGAUCCCGUCUUCUCCUUCGAGAACGUGAAGAGAUUCGUCGGUCAUGGGUGA